AUGGGUUCUACUACUACCAACCCUAUUGCCACAAUUACCAACAACUCGGGGUACGAUGUGGACAUGUACGAUGUCUUCAACCCCAGCACCGACCCAAAGACGCCAGGGCCUUUGACGUACACGCUACUUGGCACUGUACCAAACGGUACCGCUGCUAAGCAGGUACCAACCAUUCAUUUUGCCAGCCAAGUGCAGGCCAUGCUUACAGGCACCAUCAAAGCACUCAACGGCAAUUACUAUCAGCAAUUUCCUGUUGCCGUGCUGGCGGUUUCCCCUUUGGCAGAUUCAAACGCCUUCACUAUCACUAGUGACACGCAGCAAAGCAUGGUGGACUCCUUCAAGUUCAUCAAGUACGUGCAGGCGAAUCCAUCCUCGCAGCUAGCCACCGAAUUUCGCAAAGCCCUAGGCGACAAGAAAAGCCAGGAACAGGCGGUCAAUGACUUUUUCAAGGGAACCGGCAGCUUUCAGUCGUGCACGAUAACUUCUUGGACAGCAGUCUUGACCUGGCAAGCUCAGUUCACGAACCCCUGGCAGGGUACCUACUACCUCUACAGCCUGGGCAACGGCAGUAGCAGCAACUCCGGAACCACUUCGGGCUCAUCAGCCCCGGCUCUAGUAGCAACUCUGGCCAUUGCGGCUAGCGCAGCGGACUGCUCGGCAGUGCUGACAAUUGCUGGCACAAACGACGAGAAUACGCCGGUAGUGAUGGCAGGCGAUGGCACCAUGCAGGAGCAAAAUCAAGGCACUGGCAAUACAUCUGUGGCGCUGAAAACGAGCUGGCUUAACGUAGCACAGACCAGCCAACAGAAUGGCAAGACUGUGUCUAACUAUGUCAUCGGAGCUGCUUUCACAGGCACCAUCAACGGGGUCAAUGUGGCUGGCAACCUCAACCAGCUGGCCAUUCCAAGCCCUUCAAAGCAGUCGACGAGCGCCAAUGACAAGAACUCGGCGAACGGAUUUUCUCUUAACAGCCUUGAGGGCUUGGUUGGGAUGUUGACAAGCAUUGGCAUGCUGUACUAUAUGGCGAAGGACCACAAGCAGGCCGAGACGCAAACGAAAAACGAUGUGCAGAAAGAGGCAACCAGCAAGUCGGACGCGCAAGCAAGAGAGGCCAAAGUUAAAGCAGACUAUCAGGCCAUCGACGUACCUCAGGUACAGGCAAUGUCGGUGAAUGUGGAGCUCACUGUGGCAAACGUGCAGCAAGGCUAUAGGGAGGUCGGCCAAGCCCAAGACAUCCAAAACAAGCAAGACGCUGUACGAGAGCAGAGUGGCAAGCUACUAGAGGUACUAGAAGCCGGUGCCCCGUCAAAGGCUACAGAAACUGCGGCUGAAAACCUCGUAAAGGCCCGCAGCGGGCUUGAACAGGCGACAGACCUUACCGAGACUGCGGAUGCUCGAGAGACCGGUUUGACUAAUGCUUCUGCCACGCUCGCGGAAACGAGCGCCGACAUUCAACAGGCGCUGCAAGACGAGGGGAGCCAGCUUUCACAGGAUGAGGAAAAGGCACUGAAAGACACCCGGGAAGCACUGGACAAAGUUCAGGAGGAGGCCAAAGCCCAAGAGGAGAACCGAAAGGAGCAGGAAAAGCAGGACGAUAAUGAUCCGAGCGAAGAGGUAGAUGACAACCAAUUUGAUAACCCUGAGUCAGCGGACAAGCCUGACUUCGAGGGAGGGGAAUAA